UCUCAGCCCAGCUCGGAGGAGGAGCCAGGCCAGCCCCCGAGUCCACAGAACACCAGGAACCACUGGUGCACAAGUCCCUUCAACUAAAAGGAAUUGAAGCAGUUUCCAGGCCCCAGGUCUGGCUGGGCACCUUGGUAAGCCUGGACUGGAUGGGGGAGGCCUGGUGUUGACACACAAAGCUGGAGAGAGCCGGAAUGCCCGCCAUUGCACAGUGGGAGGAUUUUCUUAGCAUUUCUGGAAAGCAGCCAAAGAAGUUCUUGAGGCCAGGCCCCGGGGAUGCACAUGAAGGGGUUUGCCAGUCUUCCAGGAGUGAUCCCUGACCCAGUCCCCAUAACUUGGAAAGAGGCAGGAACACAUCCAGGGUCCAGGAUGAUCACUGUGACCAGGGCCUUGGAAGAGGCUCUUCUGCAGCACUUCAUCUACAAGAAAGUGGAGAUCGCCUAUGCCAUAUGCAAACCAUUUCCCUUCUUUGAAAGCCUCCGAGACAAAUCCUUCAUCACCAACAGAAUGUACAAGGAAUGUCUGGAAGCCUGUAGUAAUUUGGUCCCUAUAUCCAGAGUCGUUCACAAUAUUCUCACUAAACUGGAGAAGACUUUUAGCGUGUCUCUUCUGAUGACACUGUUCAGCCAGAUUAACCUGCACGAAUACCCUAAUCUGGAGAUGAUUUUACAAAGCUUCAAAGAUGUUGGCGCUAUCUAUGGGGAAUGCAGCAGAGCCACACCAAUCCUGCUCGAAGUCCCAACUGGCUCAGCACAAGGGUGCUCCCUCCAGAUACUGCCACCCCCUCCUCCCACCCAUCCACCCCGUGUGCCCAGAGGCAGUGAGCCUGGAGCAUCCUUGCAGCAAAGGGAAGCACCCAGCUCUUCUGACUCUGCUGUGUCUCUCCCUGGACCCAUGCAGGAAGGAAGCAGUGCUGCAGACAACAUAACAUCCAAAAUGAAUGAGGAAGAAGACCCACAAGAGACUCCCAGCCCUGCCCCUAACACUGUGCACGUGUCCAGGGACAAACAGACCCCAAAAAUGAAACAUGAAGAAGACCCUCAGGAGACGCCCCACACUCCCUCGGGCCCUAUGCCAGGAGAUGAAUCUCUGGAACCAAAUGACCUAGAAGAGACCCAAAAGGUACUCAUCACACCUUCCAACAAAAAAGGAAAGAAAAGAAAAAGAAGUACCCAGUUAAGUCAAAGAAAGAGAUGUAAAAAAAGAUCCUCAAGAGGGACACUCUCGCCUGGGCAUGGCCCUCAAGAAAAGCUCCAGGUGGUGGAUCAGGUGACUCAAAGGAAGGACAGCUCAACCUGCAACUUGAAGGUGACAAUAAAGGCUCAAAAGGCAACAACCGAAUGUGCCCAAACAUCCAGAUCAAAGGAAAAGAAAAGAGAAAUAUCUAGCUGGUCAAGUCCAAAAAGAAAGCAGGAAAAAAGGCUCCAAAGAGGGGAGACUUCACCUGGGCAUGGCAUCAAAGAAAAGCUCCAAGUGGUGGAUGAGGAGACUCAAAGGAAAGAUGACUCGGCCUGCAACUCAAAGAUCAUGACAAGGGCCCAAAAGGCAAGAACUGAAUGUGCCCAAAUAUCCAGAUCAAAGGAAAAACCCCAAGAUGACUCUAUGGAUUUUCAGUAUUCUAUACCUGUGACCUGUGGUAAAGUGAAAGGGAUUUUAUAUAUAGAGAAAAUGAAACUCGGAGCCUCAGAGAAGUUCAUUCAGAAUGAGGAGGGAGUUUGGCUCACGGCCAAAGAAUUCGAACAGGAGGGAAAAGGGAGAAGCACAAGGGACUGGAAAAAGAAUGUGUAUUUCAGAGGAAAGUCCCUGAGAAAGCUGCAGGAGGAAGGAUGUUUGUUGUGUCUGAAACAAAUCUCAAGGGAGUGGUAAACAGGUGAAUUUCUACCACAUUCUCAGCCACCAUGCUGUAGACGCCCCAUAUCUGAGGCUCACCUCAGAGUCCCCAGCCUCACUGCUGGGAAUCGCAUUUUCAUUACAACCGCUUUAGUAUACUGAUACAUGUACGAGCCACUGUAAUUUUCAUAGUUAAUUUGGGGUGGGGAAGCAAAUGACUCUUUAAAAUAAAAGUUAGGACAAAACUGAUGAUAUCCAUGUGUUUUAAUAUUAUGGAUAUUUGGAUGACCAUAAGCCAAAGGUGUCAAAAAUAGAAUGUCCUAGUGUGAAAAGCAAAUAAGGUAUUAAAAGGUCAAGAUCAUCUUUGAUUGAAAGCCAAAUAUCGCUCAAUGCCACAGGCUUGUUCUUAUUAGCAUCAGAACGGAAUGACAGGUUUGAACUGAACUUUGUCUCUGCAGAGCCCCCUCCAGGUGAAAGUCACAGGCAUCCACUGGCUUUGUCAACUCCUCCUCUUCACCCUUCAUACAGUCUCAGACGUGAGGUCCACUCAGGGGCUUCCCCUUAACUGUGAACUUCCAGCAGAGGCAAUUGUGCUUCUCCUUCUGGACCUGGAGGCUGGCCCCAGUGCCAUCUCUUAUAUAAAUCAUCUUUCCACACUGAUUUGAAAUACCCAAGGAAUCAUAGAUGUUCGGUUUAACAUUGAAUUCAUAGAUUUAAAUAUAUUUAUUAUAGGCCAGGCACAGUGGCUCACACCUAUAAUCCUAGCACUCUGGGAGGCCAAGGUGGAUGGAUUGCUCAAGGUCACAAGUUUGAGACCAGCCUGAGCAACAGCGAGAUUCCAUCUCUAAAAACAUAGCUGGGCAUUGUGGCAGGCACUUACAGUCCCAGCUGCUUGGAAGACUGAGGCAAGACGAUGGCUUAAGCCCAAGUGUACGAGAUUGCUGCGAGCUAUAAGGCCAUGGCACUCACCAAAGGAGACAAAAAGAAAACAGUAUUUAUUAUGCUAUAAACCAUUGCAGUUAACACAUUAAUUGAUGCUCAAAUUGGCCAUCUUUAGUGACAGUCUCUUGAAAUUGGUUCCUGAAUUGUUUUGAUAGUGUAUUUGCUGUCUAUUGCUAUGUAACAAAUGACCCCGAAGCUUAGUGGCUUAAAAGAAAGAGUUUUAUCUUUCACUAUUCUUUGAGUCAGGAAUUCAGGUGUCAUUCCCCAGGCUGUUUACAUUUGUUUCAUAUUGUAGUGACAAAGUUGUUCAUGCUCUCACCAUGUCACUUCUGCCAUAUUCUGUUGGUCAAAGCAAGUCACAGGGCCAGAUUCAAAAGAAGAGAGUAUAGAUUGUACCUCUUGUACCUCUUGAAGGGAUGAAUGACAAAGUACAUUUCAAAGGAGAAUGCUGCUUGGGAGAAACAUUGUUGCUGCCAUCUUUAAAAACAAUCUACCAUAGUUCACCCUCUGGCCACACAUCCUGUCCACAUAUAAAGGACACUCAGUCCCCUCCCCAAGGAGUUUCAUUUAUAGCAGCAUUAGAGCAAAGUCCAGGAUCUCAUCAUCUACCUCAAAGAAGGUUCAGCUCAAAUAAGGCUCCUCAAGUAAGGUCCAUUGGGUGCAGUUUCUCAGGUGCCUCUCCUAUUGAACCAGAGACCUAUGAACUGAAGGACAAGUUGCCUCUCCUCCAACCCCAACAUUCAAAGAUGGAACAGGGACAGAAAAACCACUAUGGACACUUCCAUUCAAACGGGAAAAUGGGAAACAGCAGCAGUGGCCCAUAGCAAUUCUGAAAUCCAGUGAGGCUCACAUUGCCAGCUUUCUCUAAAUCCAGCGUAGGGGAAGUUCCCUGAUGAGAGUGUACUAACAUAAUUUAGAUGUAAAGUAUACCUCAAAUUACCAUCCAAGACCACACUCUUCUUCCUCGUCUCCCUCCGUUCUGUGCUUGUGUCUCUCUUCUUCCAUAACAUAUUUACUCACUUGCUCAAUCCCAAAAUACAACUGCAAGAGUUACAGAAUUUUUACAUUCAGCCCAUUAUGAAAAACAAACUAAGUUGAAUUCUAAAUUUGUAUGUUUACUUUUGUGUUAUGUAUUUAUUAUACCAUUGCAGAGAGUAUUUUUCAGGACUUUGUAUUUAUAAAUGAGAUUGGUCUGUGGGUUUUGUAUACCAUCAUAGUGAGAGUUAGGGUUAUCCUAGCUUGGUGAAGUAACUUGUAAAAAUGUCUACCUUUUAACAUGUUCUAGAAUCAUUUAUAGUGUUUUAAAUUAACCAACUCAAAAUUAUAUGACCUAGAGUUCUUUGGAAGGAUAGUGGUGACUACAUUCUCUGCCAUUUUUAUGUCCUUUCUCUUUUUAAUAUUUUUAUAUUAUUUUUGUCUUUUUUUCUUGUUUACCUUUAAUAUUUUAGAAGGUAUUAUAAUGGUUUUCAAUUUUUCUAAUAUUUAUCCAUAAGUUUUCCAAAUGCAUUUUAAAAUUAUUUUUUAAACAUCAAAGUUAAAAAUAAAACAUCUUUAGUGUAUGCAUAUUUAAGGCAAUGUGCUUACUGCUUUCAUACCCUCGGUUCCCUCAAUCAUGUCUUUUCACUGUCUUACAACACGGAUAUGCAUUAUUAUUAGAUUUUUCAGUUUUACUCUAAAUAAUUUUUGUUCUAUUUAAUAAUUAUAUGUCACU